AUGUCUGGUGGCGAUGCGGCGGCAAUGCAGCAGAAGCCUGCCGACGCUGUCAGGAUCAGCUUCACUGCCGAGCUGUGGGCACUUCAAAGCAUCAAGCCAUGCAGAGCAGAGCAUGAAGACGAAGACUCCUGUGCCAGAAACGCAGACGAGAAGCGGAUCCUGAAGGAUGGCUCCCACUCCGAAGAGGUUUUCCUGCCACCACAAGAUCUGCUUCAUGUUCUCAAGGACUCGGUGCUGUGCCCCGCAUUUUCGCUGGAGCUGCUUCAGCUGCUGCAGAAGCACGUCUUCUGUGAGGGCUUUGAAGGUGUGCGGAGGCAGUUCUUUCAGAACCAGAUUCUGCACAUGUAUGCCGAGUUAGCGGUUUCCGUACGUGAGUCCUACAAGAUCUUGACCGAGACUGACAAGGUCCUUGAUCCUCACUUGACGGAGUCCUUAUUCAUGUUCGAGGCUGUGCUCAAUCGGCUUCCAGGUCAGCUCGACCCGGCUCCGGACGAAGGGCUCCCUGCUGGGGAGGAGCAUGGUCACCAUGCAGCCUUCGGGCACGGGCAGGGCGUCUUGGUUGACUUCUUGAUUGAUGCUGCCCAGGCUGAGCAGCUGUCUGCAAGCGGGCGGCACGAGGUUUUCUACUUCCAUCGAAUUUCCGCUGGAGGAGGCCGGCAGGAUGAUGGCACCGGGCUGCUACAGGCUCAGCCCGAUGGCCGUGGCUGGAUGUUGGGCGUGGCGGAGAUGGUGAAGGCCCCGCCGCGAUCAGACGUCUUCCUCCUGUCGGCAAGGCUCUUCUUCCUGGGCCAAGACGAGGUCAGCUCUGCUGACAAGGGAUCCCGGUUCCAGGUCGUGCCUGUCAGCGACAUCCUUCCAGUCGUCGUAAACCGCGAGGUGGAGGCGAUUUGGGCAGCUUGUCGCCAAGAUGGGUCCAUCACGCCCUUCGUGGAUGACCUUCUCUUCGGCACUGCCGGCUCCAUCCAGGCUACGGCAGAGGUGGUGGAGGUCGAAGAUGCGGAGCUCAACCAGCAGCAGAUAGCGGCCGUCGCACGUGCGAGUGCUGCGAAGCUCACGUUGGUACAGGGGCCCCCCGGGACGGGCAAGAGCGAAGUUGCCGCAGCCAUUGUUCAGCAAUGGGUGAAGGAUGAGACGGAGUCUGUGCUCUUGGCGACCUCUACACACGCCGCCAAGGAUGUGCUCGCAAAGCGUUUGCGACGCCGGCAGAUUCAGCCGAGCUUGCGUGUUCGAAGCAAUAGCUCGCGUAUUGCCAGAAAAGCAGAGGUAUUCGUCGAAACAGUCUACAUGUCUGGGUCAGCUCCGGGCAGGACUGUGCCCAAAGUCCUUCUGGACGAGAGCUCGCAAAUAACGACGGCAGCCGCACUUGUGGCUUUGACGCAUGGCUGCGAGAAGCUUGUGCUCAUCGGAGAUCCCCAACAACUGGGGCCUGUCUCCAGCUUUGGCUCCGCACCAAAGCUUGACAGCGGGCUUGAUGCGUUUGCGGAGGAGCGACGGAGUUUCUUCGAGAUACUCGCCGGCAAAUUCCGAUUGCAGCCGCAUAGACUGCAGGUUCAGUAUCGUAUGGACCAGCGCCUCUGUGACUACCCUUCGCAUCGUUUCUACAACGGUGAGCUUGAAACCGCUACAUCUGUCAGGGAAGGAGGCGUGACUCCACAGAUGCUUCCAGCUGGAGUCAUCUUCAAGGAUGGAAUUCCAGGGCAUCCUGUUGUCUUCCUGGACACCUCAGCGAUCGAGGGAUGCAGAGAAAAGUUGGUGCCCUUCUUCGGAAGCAUCUCUAUCCACAACAGGAUGGAGGCGCAGAUCGUCGCAGAGCUGCUGCGUGGCUUCCAGGCUGCUUCUAUCGAGGCCGCCCGCCUCUGUGUGCUCACAGCCUACAAGGCACAGGACAGCUUGCUGGACGAGGUCAUUCACGGAGGCAGCUCGGCCGAGCGCCUGAAGAAGCGGAAGAGCCGCUCGACGAUGAUCCGGGAGCAAGGCGUGGACCCUUUGGAGAAAGAGUCCCAUCCGCGCAUCUACACGGUGGAUGGUUUCCAGGGCAACGAGAGUGACUAUGUCUUCUACUCAGCUGUGCGGAGUGGUGGCACCGCGACAGGUUUCUCGGGAAAUCCACAGCGCCUCUGCGUUUUGCUCACACGAGCACGUCGUGGGCUGAUAGUUGUGGGGAGUCGUGACACUCUCCAGCACGCCGAGGAAUGGCAGCGAUGGCUGGAUUCUCCCGACAAACAAGAGUUCACGGUGGACGAAGAGCUCGUGGCGAAACUGCAGAGGCGGGAAGUCGCUCAACGGGGGCCACUCUGA